UUUUAUCGAAAACAAUAACUGUAACAUUAUAAUCAAAGAGUUUACACUUAGUAUGUACCUGAAAUGUCAAAUUAAUUAUUUUGUACAACUUGUGAUCUUCUUGGCAGAGGUUUGAUAUGUUUUAGCGGGGGAAGAUUGCAUUUGGAAAAAUUAACCUUAGCCUGUCCGAUGAACUUACAACAAUUGCAUCUAAUUCCAUAGAAGGUGGCGGAUUCAAGAAAAUGACCAGAGAACAAAUGAUGAUGCAAGAAAUUCAUGACAACAAACAAAAUGUAAGGGGGCCAAGUAACUCAUCGCACAUAUCACCCCAAAUAACCAAAGUUGAAAUUAAAAAAGCGUCACCAACGGAGCUGUUGAAACCAAGCAGUGAAGAAAAACAAAUCGUAAUUGAUGCACUUCCAAACACAGGAUCAUUGGACACUUCCAGGGGUGAAGCAAUUGACGAAUAUGGGGACACUGCCUCUGAUGAUUCUGACGACGAGUCCAAUUUUGCACGUCGUAUACCAUAUACCCACGAGGCUCAAAUGCGUCACGGCUCACGUGCCGUGUUGGCAUUGGCCUGCGAUCCGUCCGGCGCACGUAUUGUGUCUGGUUCCAUAGACUACGAUAUGUGUUUUUGGGAUUUUGCCGGUAUGGACUCGGGCAUGCGAAGCUUUCGUCAGCUGCAGCCAUGUGAGAACCAUCCAAUACGUGCGCUGCAAUACUCUGUGACUGGGGAUAUGGUACUAGUAAUAUCAGGGAAUGCACAGGCAAAAGUGCUCGAUCGUGACGGAUUUGAAAAACUCGAAUGCUUGAAGGGAGAUCAAUACAUUAGCGAUAUGUCUCGUACUAAAGGCCAUGUGGCACAGCUUACUUCCGGCUGUUGGCAUCCUUUUAAUCGUGAACAGUUUCUUACAUCCGCUCUAGAUGGCACAUUACGCAUUUGGCAUGGUUUGAAAGUUAAGGAACAGCACCAAGUCGUAAAGACACGGGCACGCGGUGGACUAAAAACAAGUGCCUCAGCUUGUAACUAUAACAGGGAUGCUACGCUGAUAGCGGCUGGUUGUGUUGAUGGUUCUAUACAAACAUGGGAUACGCGCAAGAUGUUUGUGAGCACAACACAUUGCGUACGGGGUGCACAUCAAAAAGGCAGUGACAUAACGUCUAUUACGUUUUCCUAUAUGGGUCGACAGUUGGCCACACGUUCCACUGACGAAACGAUGAAACUAUGGGACUUGCGCAACUUCAAGCAGCCGCUACAUACUUGGUACGACCUUUAUUCACGAUAUGAUACUACUGAUUGCUGUUUUAGUCCAGAUGAUAGUAUAAUCGUCACCGGCGAAUCUCUUCAUAAAACAAGAAAAGAGGCGAAUCUUUAUUUCUAUAACACGCAAACCUUUGAAGAAGUACACCGAAUACCCGUUUCCGAUUCCCAUGUAAUCAAAACCUUAUGGCAUCCCAAAUUAAAUCAGCUCUUCGUAAGCUGCGGCAAUGGAGUUAUUAAGUGUUACUAUGACGAGCUUCGCAGUGUACGUGGCGCUAAACUCUGCGCUGUUAAGACUCAUCGGAAGCGACAGCAGACAGAAAUGGUAGGGGUUUCCCAAAUCAUAACUCCACAUGCGUUGCCCCUAUUCCGACAAGAAAAGUCACGAUCGUCACGCAAAAAGAUGGAAAAAGCUCGUAUGGACCCGGUUAAGUCAAAAAGACCUGAUUUACCAAUCACAACCGGACAAGGUGGCCGUGUGGCAAGUUCAGGGGGCACAUUGUCGUCGUAUGUCAUUCGUAACUUGGGUCUAAGCAAACGCGUUGACGACGACCAAGACCCACGCGAAGCCAUACUUAAGUACGCAAGGGACGCAGCGGAGAACCCAUAUUGGAUAGCCCCUGCCUACAAAAAUACUCAACCGACAACCAUAUUUUCUGAAACACUACCGACAUUAACGGAGGAUAAUACGCCACAAGCUAAAAAAAUAAAAACUGUGUCAGACAAUAACCAAUAACCCAACUUUAUUCAAUAUUAUAUACCUUGUUUUUGUAUAUCAUUUUAGUUUUAGAGAAAUAAAGAAUAUAGUAUGUAUUUAUUAUUUUAGCAGCCA